CGCCCUAACUGUAAUUAAAUGGAGACGCACGGCGGAGGAACCCUCCGUUCCCGCAGCUCUCAGUCCCCUUCACCUUCCCACUCCGCUUCCGCCUCCGCCACCUCUUCCAUCCGCAAGCGCAAGCUCGCGUCUGAUGACCACGCGCCUCCCUUUCCCCCUUCUUCCUUCUCCGCCGACACGCGCGACGGCGCCCUCACCUCCAAUGACGACCUCGAGAGCGUCUCCGCCCGCGGCGCCGACUCCGACUCCGAGGACGACUACGACAACGACAACGACAACGAUUCCUCCAUGCGCACCUUCACCGCUGCAAGGCUCAGCAACCCUCCCUCCGCGCCACGCAACACCAAGCUCAAGACCGAUAAUUCCAACGUUAAGAUCGAGAAUUCCGAUGGCGCCAAAGACGCCGCACCCGCCGGGGCUGGUGCCGUCGGCGCCGCCGCCACCGGCAGCUCCGUCCCCGGCAUCGUGGUUAAGGAGGACGCAACUAAGAUAUUCACUGAUAAUUUACAAACUAGUGGUGCUUACAGCGCUAGGGAAGAGAGUCUCAGGAAAGAGGAGGAAGCAGGAAGGCUCAAAUUCGUAUGCUGUUCGAAUGAUGGCAUUGAUGAACAUAUGAUUUGGUUGAUAGGAUUGAAGAAUAUAUUUGGUAAGCAACUUCCAAAUAUGCCCAAGGAGUACAUUGUCCAACUUGUUAUGGAUAGGAGUCAUAAGUCUGUAAUGGUCAUAAGGCGUAAUCAUGUUGUUGGAGGCAUUACAUAUCGCCCAUAUGCAAGCCAGAAGUUUGGUGAGAUAGCCUUUUGUGCAAUUACAGCUGAUGAGCAAGUAAAAGGUUAUGGUACCAGAUUGAUGAAUCACUUAAAACAGCAUGCACGUGAUAAAGAUGGGUUGACACAUUUUCUCACAUAUGCUGACAAUCAUGCUGUUGGCUAUUUUAUCAAACAGGGAUUUACAAAAGAGAUUCACUUGGAGAAAGAUCGAUGGCAAGGUUAUAUAAAGGAUUAUGAUGGGGGGAUUCUCAUGGAAUGCAAGAUUGAUCCAAAGCUCCCUUACACUGAAUUGUCACCUAUGUUCCGUCGUCAAAGGCAGGCAAUUGAUGAAAAGAUCAGAGAGCUGUCAAACUGUCACAUUGUUUAUACUGGAAUUGAUUUUCAGAAGAAAGAAGCUGGUAUUCCCAAAAAAAUUAUUGAGGACAUCCCUGGUUUGAGAGAGGCUGGAUGGACUCCUGAUCAGUGGGGUCAUUCACGAUUCAGAACUGUAAGUGGUUCCACUGACAGUUUGACCGCGUUUAUGCGUUCCCUUCUAAAGUCAAUGCACGAUCAUGCUGAUGCUUGGCCGUUCAAGGAACCAGUUGAUGCACGGGAUGUUCCUGAUUAUUAUGACAUCAUCAAAGAUCCAGUGGAUUUGAAGACAAUGACUAAGAGGGUGGAGUCAGAGCAAUAUUAUGUCACAUUUGAGAUGUUUCUUGCGGAUGUCAGAAGAAUGUUUGCGAAUGCACGCACUUAUAAUUCUCCAGAAACCAUUUAUUACAAAUGUUCUACAAGGCUUGAAGCUCACUUUCAAUUGGUUGGUGGCCUUCUCCCUGGUCAUGGUAAUGAUUGGCCACUUUAUUAUAAAGUUCUUUUUGCUUGAAAUUGGAGCAUGGCUACUUUUUAUAUUUCUGGAGACCUACACAAGGAUGUUUUGGUCAGCAGAGUCACUUUACUAUAACCCAGUUUGGCAUUUUAUAGUUGCAACUUGGGAAACUCUUGUUUACAGCCUGUUGAGAUAUAUAGUCCCACAUUGGUUGUAUAAGCAACUAAUGUGGAGUUUAUAAGGCUUUGGGUACUCUUACCCUUUGAGCUAGCUUUUGGGGUAGUGUAUCCCAAGGUUCUUUACAUGGUAUCAGAGCCUCGGUGUACCGGGUUCGAUCCUCACCGCCCCCCACUUUCUUUCUAGUGGAAUUUCUUUCUUCGCAUAGGUAGGUGGGCCUGUGCAUCGUCCACCCUUUAAGUCCAGUGGGCUCUCGUGUGAGGGAGUGUGUUGAGAUAUAUAAAAUCUUUAAUGUAGCCUCACCCAAUAGCUUAAGCUUUUGGGUUGAAUUGGCCAAGGUUCUUUACACAGCCCAAUCCUGGAUCUUGACAGGUAAUUUGACCAUUUUUCUUUCAUACUUCCAACCAAAUUCAAGUAUCUGAUAUAAGUUAAAACCUUUUCUUUAGUUGCUUUUAAUAUCCAUUUUGAUAUAAGCUAGAUAAGUGUAAUUGUGUGGUUUUAUGACUUUUUGCGGCUGGGGAUGCAUUUCUGCCCUUUGCUUCAUCUAAUACACAUAAUAACUUAUUGAAAGCAUUAAUUGCAUAAUUAGAAACUUGCUAAUGUUCUUCAUUUUCCUUUCUUUCUAUCAAGAUUCAGACCUGCAGUUCAUUUUUUGUUUUCAAUUUAGAUUUAUAUUUUUUCUGUUUGUUCCUUCUCAUUCAAAAUUUCUGAAUAUGACCUGUUGCUUUAUUUUCUCUAAACAAUGCCAACAAGUCAACCGAAUCCAACUGAACCGGUUGACUUGUGGGCAUUGGUUCAGAACCAAUUCGGAUAUACAAACUAGUUUCGAAUCAGUUUUCUUAACUAGUUUUUUUGGUUCAACUGGUUCGCUUCUCAAAACUGGUUCAGAAAAAUAUAAUUCAGUUCGAUUAUUUUGCACAGCCCUACAAGUCACUAACUUACUCAUUAUGAGAAUAGUGAGAUUUUAUGGAAUAUUGAGAUAUUGAUAUAUGGUUAUUUUGUUGAUUGAAACAGAUGGGCUAUUCCCCUUGGUAUAAUACUGUCAUUUUUCAUACUUUAUUGGCGGUGUUAUGGGAAAAGGAAACAUGGAUCCCGGUGGCUAUUACCUUUAUACAGCAGCAAUAAAAAUGGUCCAAAUAGGCCAAGAACAGACUAAAACCUAUGAUAACUGCAGUUGCAGACAUGCUUUAAGAAUUUGGUAUGCUGCUCUCAUAAAUUCAUUCCUUUUUGGCGACCUUUUUCUUUUUUUUUGUACAUGGAGCCCGCCUGCCCCCUUCUUCUUGAAAAGUUCUUUUGCACAGAAGAGUCUAAAAAAAGGUUAUCAGAGGGUGAUUGACCUCUUUGGCAGCUUCUGUAACUUUAGCAUAUUCAAAAAUGUUCUUUGCUUCCACAACAUGUUGAUUUUACAAAUGAUUAUUACUUGGCAGUUAUUUAUGUUAGAUCUUAGAUUAAAUUGGAUUUAGAUACAUAUGUUGGGUCCACCAUCUCAUGUAUUGACUGGUAAACAGGUAAAUUCAAACAAGAAAGAAAA